AUGAAGGUUUUAACUCUCUUUAGCGCCUUUGCCGCUCUGACAAGUCUUGUUGCUGCCGCCCCCUCCCCAGGUGUUUCUCCUGUCGCUAAUGCCGCACGCGGUCUUGAACCUUUAUCGCCCCCUUUGUCGUAUGAAAAGGUUACUCCCUUCACCGAUGUUAAUGAAGUUGCCGCUUAA